GACAGCCCCGAGCAAUGGCUUCCUGUGCUUCCGUCUUCCCUGUUGUUCCAUGGGAAAGCCCUAUUUUGUGGCGAUGUAAAGGAAGAAGAGAGCCGCAUCAAACCAAGAUUCCUCGUCUAAUCGACCUGUUUGUCAAUAAUAUGAGUUCGUCAAUUGCCAUCCACAGGUUUGUUGCACAGAAUUCGCUCCAUUCAUCUCCAUUUCCCCUCGGCUCAGAUUCUUUGGAACCCGAGGUCAAAUUUCGAACUGCCUUUUCGCACAUGAGAACGCUCGAAUCUCCUGUUAUCUACGAUACAAUUACCGUACAAGAUGAGCAGGCAGAUUUUCCGUGGUUCGGAUACGAUCACUCCCUAAUUUUACCCGGAAAAACCCUGGAAAGGAUCUUCUGGGAGGAUACUCCAUGGAUGCCGUGUUUUGAUGAUCUGUUGAAUGUUCACGAGUCGUUGGGUUUAGCGAGGAAGAAGUACAAUGCUCUUAGGAGGAGACAAGUCAAGGCAGAGACGGAGGCGUGGGAGAGAGCAGCGGAGGAGUACAAGGAGUUGGAACGGGUGAUGCUGGAGAAGAAGCUUGCUCCUAGCUUACCUUAUGUGAAGUCUCUGUUCCUCGGAUGGUUUGAGCCGCUGCGGAGUGCAAUUGAGAAGGACCUGAAGCUGGAGAAGGCAAAAAGACAUAAGGCGGCUUAUGCGCAUCAUUUGAGCCUCUUGCCAGCUGAUAAGCUAGCGGUGAUUGUGAUGCAUAAGAUGAUGGGGUUGCUGAUGAUGGGGCAAGAGGAGGGGUGUGUUCGGGUGGUGCAAGCUGCCAUUCACAUUGGAGAGGCAGUAGAAAAUGAGGUUAGGAUCCAUGGCUAUGUUGAGAAGACUAAGAAACGUGGGAAUAGAGUGUGCCAAGAUAUCAUUUUUACUAAAGAGCAGCAGAAGCGACGAAAACUUGUGAUGAAGUUGAUCAAAAUGAAAAAGCUGGUUGACGUUCAGAAACUAUUGAAAGAGGAGAUUCAUAUGGAACCUUGGGGACGAGAUGCUCAAGCCAAGUUGGGAACUCGGUUGAUUGAACUAUUGAUAGAAUCAGCAUUUGUGCAGCCACCAAUUAACCAAUCAGGUGACAGUUCACCAGAUAUUCUGCCAGCUUUUAGGCACAUAUUAAAAGCUGUAUCAGUUGAAGAUGGAAAAUUAAAGAACAAGUAUGGAGUUAUUGAAUGCCAUCCAUUAGUUCACAUGGGACUUGGUAGCACUGCCAGGCUGAUGGUGAUUCCUUACCUACCAAUGUUGAUACCACCUAAAAAAUGGAAAGGAUAUAACAAGGGCGGACAUUUAUUCUUACCUUCCUAUGUGAUGCGUACCCAUGGAGCCAAGGACCAACAAAAUGCGAUUAAGAGUGUUCCUAAAAGGCAGCUAAAUAAAGUUUUUGAGGCCCUUGAUACUCUAGGAAGUACGAAAUGGAGAGUGAACAGAAGAAUCCUUGAAGUAGUAGAGACUAUUUGGAGUGAAGGUGGAGGUGUUGCAGGUUUAGUUGAUCGUGAAGAUAUUCCCAUACAAGAGAAACCUGGCUUGGAGGAUUCCAUGGAGAUUAAAAAAUGGCGCUGGAAUGCUAGAAAAGCAAAAAAGGCUAACAAUGAGAUGCAUGCUCAGCGAUGUGACACAGAACUUAAGCUUUCUGUUGCUCGCAAGAUGCAAGAUGAGGAAGGAUUUUACUAUCCUCAUAAUCUUGAUUUCCGUGGUCGUGCAUACCCAAUGCAUUCACAUUUAAAUCAUUUAAGUUCUGAUCUAUGCCGAGGAAUUCUCGAGUUCGCUGAAGGCAGACAACUUGGCAAGUCUGGGUUAUGCUGGUUAAAAGUUCAUUUGGCUAACAUUUAUGGUGGGGGUGUUGAAAAGCUCUCCUAUGAUGCUCGACUGACAUUUGUGGAGAACCAUUUAAAUAAUAUAUUUGAUUCCGCCAUGAAUCCUGUUGAUGGAAAGCGAUGGUGGAUUCAUGCUGAAGAUCCUUUUCAAUGUUUGGCUGCAUGUAUAAAUCUUUCUGAUGCCUUAACUAGCUCAUCACCGCAUAGUAUGAUCUCAUACCUUCCCAUUCAUCAGGAUGGUUCAUGCAAUGGUUUGCAGCAUUAUGCAGCACUUGGAAGAGAUAGUUUGGAAGCUGCUGCAGUAAACUUGGUUGCUCAAGAGAAGCCGGCUGAUGUUUAUUCAGGAAUAGCUGCAAGGGUUUAUGAGAUAGUAAAGCAAGAUUCUCAGAAAGACCCAGCUAGUGAUCCUACUGCUUCAUUGGCUAAAAUCUUAGUUGAUCAGCUUUCAGGUGGACAGGAAGUUAGUAAAGCAGACUGUCAUGACAUCAGUCUAUGGUGUUACAUAUGUUGGUGCCAGAGAGCAGAUAAAAAGGAGACUGAUAGAAAAAGGAAAAAUCACAGAUGACAGGUUACUCUUUCGUGUAUCUUGCUAUGCAGCUAAGGUUACAUUGAAUGCUUUGGGUGAGAUGUUCCAAGCUGCACGAAGUAUAAUGAAAUGGCUCGGUGAUUGUGCAAAG